CCUCCUCCCGCCGCGCGACCCGGACGCGCUUGUGGCGGGCCACCCGGAAGUAGUGGCGGCGGCGGGGCGGUUCCUGCGGGGCAGCCGGCGUUAUGUUUGUAACGGCGGCGGCGUUGGCCAAGAGCAAAUCUAAAUACAUCCUGGUGAGGAUGAAAAGUGCGGCCGAGACAGGCUACUGUUUCAACAUCAGGAGACUCCGACUGCAGGAAAAACUGGUCCUGCUGAGAUACGAUCCCAUUGCAAAACAACGUGUCCUCUUCACAGAGAGGAAAAAAAUCCGCUCUCUCUGAACAAUGACUGGAGUUGAUUUAUGCAGGAGGAGAGGAUGGUCUGGGGGGAGGAUGGGGUGAACGCUGAUUCAGAAAUCGAGCAACAUGGGCUGAAAAGAGAGGAAAUGAACUGGGAUCACCGUCUCCUGUGAUUUGAAGGCCAUUGUGAAUAAAACAAUGUAGAGAGAGAAAAUUCUUAAUGUCUGGACAUAGAUCAUCACAGUAACAUUUAUUUAUCUUUUGAGUUAUUUUUACAGUACUCAAUUAAAAAAAAAUUAAAUAGCAAA